GUCAAAGAGUGAUUUGGAUUGGCCACUUGAUUUGUGUUGUGGGUUUUGAUUGGUUGAUGGAUCCAGCACCCCACCGAAUAAUCGACUUGACAAUAUUAGAACUGCUCAAUGGCUCGCCGAUUGAACGGGUUUGACCAACCAACGGUGUGGCAUGAGUUCACCCCACUUGCCAUCAAGCACAACGCCGUCAACUUAGGCCAAGGUGAGCCAAGUGUACCCGUUGUAUGCGUCUGCUUCAAUCUUGUCAUGCAUGAUGGUAGGUUUUCCGGACUGGCCGUGCGACGCAUUCGUGAAAGAUGCGGCCAAAAUUGCCAUCGAUGCCGACGUCAACCAAUACGCUCGCCCAGGAGGCCACCUGCGUCUCGUGCGUGAAGUGGCAAAGCACUACACGACGUCGCUGGCCCGUCCAGUGCCGAUCGAACCGACGACCGAAGUGGCGAUUGGAGUCGGGGCGUCCGAGAUAAUGUACAGCGCCAUGAUGGGCCUCGUGAAUCCCGGCGACGAAGUCAUUCUCAUCGAGCCUGCCUUUGACAUUUAUGCGUCCCAGGUGCAAAUGGCAGGCGGCGUGUGUGUGUUUGUCCCGCUCACGUUCAACGAGUCGACAUCCCAAUUCGAACUGGACUUGCCCGCCAUGGAAGCUGCGUUUACUUCCAAGACACGCGUGCUGGUCGUGAACAGCCCCCACAACCCGACGGGCACUGUGUUCCCCAAGCAAGACCUGGAGCAGCUCGCAUCGGUGGUCAAGUGUUUCCCCAACGUGGUGGUGGUGGCCGACGACGUGUACGAACACAUUGUGUUUGCCCCGUUGACGAGGUUUGCCACGCUCCCUGGCAUGUGGGAGCGCACAAUCACGGUGGGGUCAGCUGGGAAAACGUUCUCCGUCACGGGGUGGAAGGUGGGCUGGGCAGUCGGGCCACCGCACUUGAUCAAGUGGCUAAACCUAGCCAACAACUGGGUCAUGUUUUGUGUCGCAGCUCCAUUGCAAGAAGCGGUGGCGACCAUGUUGAAGAAGGCCGUGCGUCCAUUCGAGUCGUUUUCGAGCUACUAUGCAUACCUAGGGGACAAGUACCUGAAGAAGCGCGACUGGCUGGCCGCUGCUUUAACUGCGCUGGGCAUCCCCGUGGUGCUGGCCCAAGGCGGCACGUUUUUGUUUGCCGACGUGUCGCGCGUGGCCGUGCCUGCGUCCUACUUGGACGACGGGAACACGCCGAAAGACUAUGCGUUUUGUCGAUGGCUGACGAUUGAAAAGCAAGUGACCACGAUUCCUACCAGCGCGUUCUACAGCCACACCAACAAAGCCAAUGGCCAUUGCUUUGUUCGGUUUGCGUACUGCAAGUCGGACGUGUCGUUGGCCCUUGCGAUUGAACGUUUGCAGUCCAUUCAACUACUAGAGUAGACAAAGAUGUGGCGCAUUUAUCCAUUUCUGCUUUAUAAACGAGUUUGGAGUAUGUAUACAUACUGUAAUGCUCCUCAUGCACGUGAUUCCGUGUUCGCGAUACAGGACUGUGCAGCUCUUACCGCAAUUUCAU